GCCUCACUUAAUAAUGGCUAAAACUAGCAAGAAAUUAGUAACCCGUGAAACCAGAAAUCAGGAAGCAUUUGAGCCCCAUAUGUUUGUUAGUUAGUUUAAUCACGCUAUUUAUAAUCUCUUUAUUAUAUAUACACCCCCUCCUACUUACACCCCUUCUCACCUCUCUCCUUUUACUCCUUUCUCUUAUUAUUACUCUUUCCCCCAUUUUCUCUCCCUCCCAUCCCCAACAUGACAAACACACUUUUCACUUUUGUUUUAUUUCUCUUCUCUCUUUUCAUGCCUACCCUCAUUUCCUCUUCACCUCUUCAAAACCCUGAAUUGGUAGUCCAAGAAGUAAAUAGGAAAAUCAAUGCCUCUGUAGCAAGGAGGAAUUUAGGAUACCUGUCUUGUGGGAGUGGAAAUCCUAUUGAUGAUUGCUGGAGGUGUGACUCCAAGUGGGAGAAGAACAGACAAAGACUAGCAGAUUGUGCAAUUGGGUUCGGGAAGAACGCCAUUGGUGGAAGAGACGGUAAAAUCUACAUUGUAAAUGAUGCCAACGAUGACAAUCCGGUGAACCCAAAGCCGGGAACACUCCGUCACGCCGUGAUCCAAGUUGAACCAUUAUGGAUAAUCUUUGCUAGAGACAUGGUGAUCAAGUUAAAAGAAGAAUUAAUCAUGAAUUCUUUCAAAACAAUUGAUGGUAGAGGCGCGAGUGUGCACAUUGCUGGUGGUCCAUGCAUUACCAUACAAUAUGUCACCAAUAUUAUCAUCCAUGGAAUAAAUAUACAUGAUUGUAAACAAGGUGGGAAUGCUAUGGUUAGGGACUCCCCGCGACAUUUCGGGUGGAGGACUAUAUCGGACGGUGAUGGUGUGUCCAUUUUUGGUGGAAGUCAUGUUUGGGUUGAUCAUUGUUCUUUGUCUAAUUGUAAAGAUGGUUUGAUUGAUGCUAUUCAUGGAUCAACGGCUAUAACAAUCUCUAACAAUUACAUGACACACCAUGAUAAAGUUAUGUUGUUGGGUCAUAGUGAUUCUUAUACUCAAGAUAAGAAUAUGCAAGUCACAAUUGCUUUUAACCACUUUGGUGAAGGUCUUGUUCAAAGGAUGCCAAGGUGUAGGCUUGGAUAUUUCCAUGUAGUGAACAAUGAUUACACUCACUGGGAAAUGUAUGCUAUCGGAGGAAGUGCUAAUCCCACAAUUAACAGUCAAGGAAACAGAUUUGUUGCUCCUAAUAACAGAUUCAGCAAAGAGGUGACAAAGUAUGAAGAUGCAGCUGAGAGUAAAUGGAAGCAUUGGAAUUGGAGAUCAGAAGGAGACUUAAUGGUAAAUGGUGCAUUUUUCACUGCAUCAGGUGGUGGAGCUUCAUCUAGCUAUGCAAGAGCUUCAAGCUUAAGUGCAAGACCAUCUUCCCUUGUCGGUUCCAUAACAAUAGCAGCUGGUACACUUAAUUGUAAGAAAGGUUCUCCUUGCUAGCUACUCAAUAUAGGACCUUUCAACCUACCAAUAUUGCAUAAGGAGAAGAGGCUCUAUUAAUAUUAAUUGGGACUUAAAUGGCCUAUAUUAUAUAUGUGGUCAAUCUCUACCUUUGGAUUUACUUGUCCUCCUCAUCCCUUUUUUUUUUUUUUUUGCCUUUUUUUUCUUAAUUAUAUAUUUUUUACA